AAACGAGAGCGAGAGAAGGGAAUGUGCGCGAGCGAGAGCGGGAUGGACGGGAGUCCGGUGGGUGAGACGGAGAACGACGAGAAGCGUGGUGCACGGAGCGAACGAGAGAAGAAGAGGGAAAUGGUGUUCGUAAUCAAAGGGGCAACCCGCGGCGCGGCUGCGGCGUGGAAGAAAGUCAGCCUACCGAGCGGCUCAUCAGUCCGGCACGGUGCGGUGUCCCGAAUGCACGUCGAACCAUCGAUUUUUCGUGUUCCCGUCACGUGAUUCCGCUCACGAACAUCGCCGUAGCGUCGCACGGACACGUUUGUUCACCGGGUACCGAGCGUAACCCACCGGUCGACUCCGAUUAACUUCGGUGCAUCGCUCGAUUGGAUCGGUGCAGCGCGGCGACGUGUGCGACGCGGCGAGAUAGCGGUGUCUAUCGCGUCCAUUGGACAUCCGCAUUUCCGAUAGAAUCUGUAGUCUAUACAGUACGAAUAUUCGAGAGAAUUUUACUGGGAAAAAAAAAAAAGAAACGCGCGUAUCAACUGUGAGCGGAGGGAUUAAAAAAAAAUCAAGUGGAUUCGAGAUCGAUCUGCACGGAGUGUUACACGGACCGUGGCCAACGAUCGGAGGGAUUUAGCAAUGCUCAUGAAUGGGUGUGGCCAGUAUUCCAGUGGAGCGUAAAGAUCAACGAACUUGCCAUGAAUUAAGAUCAAUCCGAAAAAUGGACGUCGCCAAGGGCACAACGGAGGACUUCGUGACGGUGGUCAGCGUCGGCAGUCAGCCGACGUCGGAAAAUUUCGUCACCGUCCUGUCGAUCGGCAAUCGGAAGAAAGACGAUGAACAAUCGUCUGCGGCGGCGAGCAAGAGCGUGUCGAACGGUAUGGAGGGGCAUCUCGAGGAAGAAGUCGAGGUUUUCAGAUUGCCCGGGGAACGUUUGGGAUUCGGACUCAAAUUCGAAGGCGGUAACAAGACCGCCGAGAGAGUCAGAAGACUGUUCGUGCAGAGCUGCGCGGAGCAAAGUCCAGCCAGCAGAGCGAAAUGUUCGUGGGGCACCUUAGGCGAGGGAGACGAGGUACUUUCGAUCGACGGUAUACCAGUAACACACAUGACCCGAUUGGAUUGCGUGAGAAGAUUGAAGGAGUCGCAAUUGGUCAUCAGGCUGAUGGUCAGGUGUCGCGGCGCUCUGAGACCGGAAGUGGUGAGCGCCGAGAGAAAGAUCGAGAGAAGCAAAGUGCCUCCGGAAUUGCCCACGGCACCGCCGCCUGUACCGCCGAGGAAGCUGAGACAGCCCCGAGGACCCGCGGACGGCGAGGCGAAUCCCAGUCCUAUCAAGAAAUUAUGGGACAAUUCAAAAUUGCAGAACGGAUUGCAGAAUGGAUCGCAAAAUGGCGCGCAAAACGGCUCGAUUUCCCAAGUCGGAUUGCAGUGCGUGACCAAGAUAAGCUCGUACGAGAAUUGCGAGUCCUCGCCGAGAAGCGUCAACGGAUCGAGCCAGGAAAGCCCGAAGGAAUCGCCGAAGGACCGCUCGCCGGAGUUCGCCAAGUCCAAGCAGGAACCGCCGGAAGCGAUGGUUUAUCUGGAUGCGCGAUCACAAUGCGGCUCUACGCAUGGCAGCACGUCCGACGAUACCGGUAGCUCAAUGUCCACCGUGGUGGACAGAUUCUCGACGUCCGAUCGCGUGUCAACCAUCUCGACGACGUCGACGGCGUCGACCGCCGGGUCCGAGCAGCCGAGCGACGCCUCGGGCAUCGAGCGGGACCCGGACCGAUCGUCCGAUCGUGACGUGCUGCUGUCUCGGGCGAUCUGCCCGCUCGAGCAUCUCGAGCGGGACUUCACGAAUCCGCCCGAUUACCUGCUUCGCCGUCUCGCCAGUUCCGAGGCGGUGACGCACGUGGAGUCGCGGGGCGAAGUCGAGCGGAUUACGGCGGUCGUUGCACCGAACACGGUGCUGAUCGAGGAAACGAUCACUCUACAGCCGCCGCUCAGCUUUCAGGACGCCCCGCUGAGUUACGGACACGAGGCCAGGCCGGAUCUCUUCUACACCGCCGACCUGGCCGCCGACUCGACGACGCAUUUCAGGCCAAUUAAGGACGACGUGGAGCUCGUGGAGCGUGUCAACGGCAACCACGAGGAAUUCCGUGACGCGACCCGGUGCGUUUCCGGCACCGGGAGAAACAGCAGCGACAGCUCGUCCCCGCCGCCGUUGCCGGCUAGAAAUCACGUUAAUAGGAUCUGCGUGAACCAGACGCAGACGAGCGAAUCUGGAAACGAGGCGCGUCCUCCGCGAAUCCCCGCAACGGUACCUGUCUCCGUCGAAAGGGAACUUUCGGAAGCUCCUCUGUUACCGCCAAAACCGUUGCCGCGAAAAGACGUUAAGGCCAGACGGAAGAGACCUCCGCCGCCUCCACCGCCGAUUAUAAUACCACGAAGAGAAAUUAAACCUUCGACGCCGAUCGACUCUAAUCAUGUAACGGAAAAAGAAAACAAGAAUCUUUCGCAAGUUAAAAGCACCGAAUGCGUUCGAUCAGAAGUGUGCGAUUUAUCACCGAAUAAAAAUAACAUUCUUGACGAAAAGAGUCGAAGAAUUGAAAGUACAGAUGGAAGUCUCGAUAAAGAAUCUAACAUGAAGAACGUUUCUUUCGAUAACGAGAAAGACAAAGCUGCAAGUUCGGAAGAAAACGCCCAAACGAACAAAGUCCUUGAGAUUAUCGAAAUCAGAGUGGCCAAAGGUUUGCAGGCUGAUCAAAAGGAGGAAGUUGGAAAAAAUAAAUCGAAUAAUGCAACAGAAACUAUAAAUAGCAAACAAAUUAAAGUUAAAGAUGAAGUAACUGAUAGAAACGAACAAGAUCAACCUGCGAAUAAUUCGAGUAAUGUUCUACCGGAGCAUCAAAACUCGGACUUAGAAUCAACCGAUAAACAAAUUGACGAAUCAAACAAUGAAAAGGAAAGACAGAAAAACUCGGAAAGUUGUUAUCAAGAAGUAACUAGGACAAAUCAGGAUACUAUUGAGGAAGUGUUUCCAUCGAACGAGGAAAGUGCCUCACCGAUUAAUAACACUACGACGCAAGAAAGCGAGGACGACGAGACUUAUCAAUCGCUCGACGUGAUAAACGACGACAUAAAAAAUCCGGAAAUGAAUCAAAUGAUAGAGAACGAGGAAAUUAUGGAGGAAGACGACACCACCGACGAAAGCGACGACGGCGACUAUUACUGGCAAAGUAAUCUCGCUACCAUCGGCGAGGAGGAGGAAACUUCCUUGGAAUACGUAAAUGCCAACGCGGAUAUGAAUAUUUCCAGCGAGCUGACGGUGGAGCCGGAAGAAUCGCCAUCGCCUCUUGCGAUCAAGAAAGAAGCGUUCGUUAAAAACGCGCGAGAUGACGAAGCGAACCUCGUGAGCAGGAUUGCAGAAUACACGGAGGAGAGAAGCAAGAACCCGAACAAAGACACGGUAAAUGGUAAGAUGGAGAACUGCGGAGGCGGCCAGCGCCUGCCCCCGGACGGGGACGAAUUUCCAGCGGCGUACCAAGAAUUCAGCAACAGUAGCAACCAGCCACCGUACAGAUAUAUCGCCGCGACAAGGACAGCGACGAUAACCACGAAUGGCGGUGGAUUGUGCAACGAGAACGAGCCGUUCCGUGCCGGCGAGACUCUUAAAAUGCUCGCGAACGACAGCAACGUUGUCGGUUCGAGGAGCAUUAUUCUACCCGAUAGCAAGAUGACGUUCGCAGGCGCUGAAAACGUGAGGCAGGAUAUAAACAAAGCCGCUCUGGCAAAUAUGGAGAGCGUCCGGUCCGAGAUGGGCAAGGCUACGUCGGCCAAUAUGGAUAAUAUAUGUCAAGACGUGAAGUCCACCGAGGUUACUAACGAAGAGAAAAAAUCAUCUUAUCAUAUCUCGGAAGAUAUCGCGAAGAAAAACGCUCCCGUCGUCUCAACGGCGAAUUCUCUUUAUUCUUGUCAGACGACUAACAGCAAUUUAAUGACGAGCGAGAAGAAAAUGGAGAUCGCCGGAUAUUAUCAGAAGGACGUAACGACGAUCGAACAAGUGCCAAGCCACGUGGAAAAGGACACGCCUGUUGAUAUGCCACCGCCUCUACCAUUGACAGGUCCGCCAAAAAUCGAGCAAACAGUUUUGCACGCGAGAAACGUUCCUACGACAGAAUCGCCGCAGAGAAAGUUUUCCUUGAACGGCGAUCUCUGGCGACAAGACGACAAGUCUGAGCGAUCUGUUCGAGACAAAAUUGCCAUGUUCUCGUCGCAGAGUAGCCUUGACGCGCCCCUAUUUCCUAAUACCGUGACAGCGACAGCAGCCACGAGCAACAGCAAACAACGCCUCUCCAAGUACAAGUCCUCCGAAGAUGUUUGGAAUGACAAGAGCAACGGACAGAAGGACCGACCGUCUUUCUUCCCCGACAGGACGCAGAGUUCUUUCGAUCUGACCGAUUCGGCCAAAACUAUGACGGGUGAUGAUUCCGCGAAGAAAUAUAGCCAUAGGUCGCCCAGUUUGUCUCAGACUAUUCAGCCUGCUCUGUUGAGUUCAAUCGCGCAAACUACGCGAGUCCCAAAGACGCUACCAAUCGUUCCGCCGAAAACCACAUCACUGCCAAGUCCGUCCUCGUACGACAAGCAGAAUUUCUUAAGUACAACGACGAAGAAUUAUUGCGCAAGCACCGCUGAAAGCGGCAAUUUGCAGAACGCCGUGUAUUCGAGUAAAACUGUGGGUUCUUGUAGCAAUUCUAGCAACUCGGUCAAGACAACGAGCACGCCUUCAUUAGCGCGAGCUACCAGCUUCUCAGGCCCGACACCCUUCACGCAAAAUCAAGAUUCUCUGACAACCGAUUCCAUCAGUAACUCACAAAUCUCAAGGACGAAUUCCUUGGCGUCCACGUUUAGACGACCCGGAGAAGAUGUCAGAAAAAACAGCUUAAAUCAGCUGAUCGAACAGAGACGAAGAUCGAUAUCGAAGCUACGUGGUCUGGUUAUACCGGAAAAAGAUACCGUGCCGAUUGAGCAACCUAUCGUCGAUCUACCGGAAAUCAAAUCACGAGAUUCGAUAUUAUUGCAUCAGAUACCAAAGGCAAACAUUCAGGACAAGUGGGGGUCUCAAAGUUCCUUAACCAGCAACGCCAGCACGGGGAGUCAGCCCUUGAAAGCGACAACGUCCUUCAAGAUGCCGGCGCCUCAGAUCCACUCCAAGUACUCCCCGGCUUUCAAGAGAAAGUCUCUCACGGUUUAUGGCACUUCAGUGACAACGAGCUCCGCGAUGAACGGCAGCAGUCCGAUGAAAAGUUCACAAUCAACCGCGAUGCCCACGUUUUCGGAGCCGCCGAAAAGCCUGGAGAGUAUUUGCAGCCCGACGAGAAGCGAUUACAGCUUCGAGUUUGCGUCGACAACUAGUUCGCCGGAUGGCACGCGUACUAGGCCGAGGACGAUGCAGAGGAAAGCUCGCUUGGAUUACGAUGACUCCGAUAACGAUUCGGCCGUGAGCAGCUCUCAGAGCAGCAUAUCUCGCGGCUUCAGUCCGCCGAUGUCUCCGGUACCAUCGGAAAGAUCCACCGUCUCAUCGGAGAGAUCUUACGUCUCCGCGGAACUGAACUGCCAACGUCGACCCUUGAUCGCGGACGGUUUGAGUAGAAUCGCAGUCGCGCGGGAUAUCAGAGACCCAAUUGUUGCAUCCGACAAAGAUCAAUUUGCCUCCAGGAUAGGUGUUCUCGGUGAACGGACCUACCUGGUCGAGAGAUCGUCUUCCAGCAGCAGCGGCUCGAAUCCGCGCUCGCCACAGCCGAACGAGCUCGUGUCGAGGAGCUCGCAGAUCCCUCAGCGACAACUGAGGCGGUCGAACAGCACUGAUACAAAUUGCAGCACGUCCUCGACACUCACGUCCGGAUCUCAAGCCAGCGCCGAGUCCCUAUCCCGAAGAGUACUGAAGCCGCAAAGCGUGGAGGCGAUAAAUCGGAAGAACAUCUUAGCGAGUGCCAGAUGCCGAAGUGGCAGGGAUCUGAACGGAUCGCCGCUAAUCCAGCGAAAGUUCUCGGACGACGAAGAUGCCGCGAAAGGAGCCGUCGAGAACGGUGGGGUUAUUCAUCAGAUGAGCAACAACUCAGGGAAUGAUCCCGCGAGGAAACAAGAGGUCAAGAUCGCCUACAUAGAAGUUACGGAUCCCUUUGCGGAGGAUGAAAGAUCGUUUUUGAAGAAGGCGGAGAAACCUAAAUUGCCGCCUAAAAUGAGUUUCCCGCCGCCGGCUGUUAGACCGCCUAAAUCCGAAUUGUUGGAGCCGUCGAACGAUCUCAAAAUGUGGGUUCGAGCGGAAGUGAAGACUUUGGCUCGAUCGAUGGAAGAAACCUCGAACAGCAAAUACGACAAGAGUCCAUCCGUCGCGACUCAAAAUUUGGAAACGAGAAAUAAUCGUGGGUCCGUAUUUAACGAACCUGUUAUUAAAGCAUCCAACAACGCUUUGUCUUCGAAGACCAGAACUGCGGUGAGCGAUACGAAGGUGGCCGCGGUGGAAAUGUCGAAACCGCAAAGUAGAGCGAGUUUAACUCCCAGAAAAAGCAUGGAAGACCAAAACGAUCUCCUGACGAUCUUAACGACUAAGAGCCGCUCCAGAUCAGCCAUACAUGUCGACGAGGGGACUUUUGGUAGAUCGAAGAGCCAAAUGAGCCUGGAGGAUAUACUUGGCGCUAAGCAGGAUUUAAAAUUGCUCCGUGCGCAAAAUACGGAAUCGAAAAUCGAGAACGGUGCGAUGACAAACUCGCCGGUGAAAUCUGCUUGGGAAAUCUCAAAGGAAAAUCGAUACGGUAGAAGAGGCUCCACUACUUCGAACGAGUCCUGGUCGGAAGACAAACCCUUCGUCUCCAAAAUACCCACCUUAGGGAGACCCAAAGCCGCCGACAGCGGUGACGAAACGUCGGAAAGCGUCGAAAGAAUAAAAAGCACGACGGUGUCGAAGAUUCCGACAUCCCGUGGCCUAAAUCGACGCAGCGCCAGCGUGACGGACAUGAAGAAAGCUCUGGAGAAAAUUGACACGAGUCCCGCGCACGGCCAGCUACAGCAGAGCGCCAGCAGCACUCACAAUCGAUUUCCAAGUCUGGACAGCAGCGUGGACGAGAACAUCGGGACGGAAAUGGACACCGACAGAUGCUACGGCGAGCAAUUCGGCAGUAUCAGUUCGCUGGCUAGCAGCACCAGUCUGAUCUCGCAACAAGAACUGGCGCAGCUCGUCGAGGAGGCGAGCUUGGAGGAGGCACGCGGAGCGCACGACGUCAUAGUCGUUCUUCUCCACAAGGAGAAUCCGACCGGCAGCGUUGGCAUCACCUUGGCCGGCGGCGCGGACUGCGAGGUGAAGGAGAUCACGGUUCACCGAGUGCUGACACACUCCAUCGCGGACAAAGACGGCCGGGUGCAGCGGAGCGAUAGGAUUCUCAGCAUAAACGGUCGGAGCACGCGAGGCCUCACGCACCGGGAGAGCAUGGCGGUACUGAAGCAGCCGAGAUCGGAGGUCGUGCUGGUCGUGUCGAGGGUCAGAAUGGAGGAGGGCGGUAAACUGAGGUCGCGGACCGCGAGUGUCGAAACCAUCGUCGAAGGGUUAGAGACGAAUGGAAACGUGGAGGACACAGCGUGGGGACCACCGUCGACCGUGGCGGUUUACAAGGACGGAGCUGGCCUGGGAUUCAGCCUGGAAGGCGGCAGGGAUAGUCCCCUCGGGGAUAGACCUCUAAUCAUCAAGAAGAUAUUCACCGGAGGUGCUGCCGAGAAAACGGGUGCUUUAAAAGCCGGAGACCAACUGCUCGAAGUAAACGGUAACGACGUUACGCGAAUGUCGAGGAUAGAAGCGUGGUCUUUAAUGAAGAAGCUACACGACGGUGAAGUGAAUCUCCUAGUCAGGCAUCCUGCCACCAAAUCCUCGUGAAGGAAUACGAAAUCCCGAUCGCAUGAUGCAAACGGAACGUAGAAAUGUGCCAAGCAAGCGACUGGAUAAUUUUUCGAUCGAUAUUUGUUACGUAAGCAUAAUGGUUUAUAAGGUAUGUUAUUGAUUUGUUUUGUUCGAGAGAUUUUAGAUGUGAAUCGAUAUUACGCGAGAGGCUUUUUCUAUCGUGUUUGUAAAUUUAAAUAAUAAUAUCGCUGUUUAGUCAAAAAUCGAAAGCUCAAUCUCGCCGAUUUAUAAAAAGAAAUGAACUAUUUCUAGAAGCGUUUAAAUGAAUCGAUUAUACAUUUACUGUUCUAAUUAUUACAUAAUCAUCUGUUAUAAAUUUAAUGGACAAUUUGUUAAUUAACAAAAAAAAAAAAAGGAAAAAUAGCAAGUCUGUGUGAUUUGCUAAUUUAUUUUGCUUUCUGAUCAGACGUCUCGUAGAUUAAACAUACAUACGUCUUGUGCAUGCAAAUAGCAAUAAAAUAGUACAGUAAAUGUACUUUUUAAAUAUACAAUGCAAAUUUGCGGUGCAAUGCAAUGGUCUCUAUAGUUUCGCCGCAAUAGGGAAUCAGUAUCGCGAAAAGAGACUUAACUGCUGCAAAUUUCCAAUCUAAAUCAACAAUGCAAAGUGCAAUAUCAUAAUCAGCAUAAUCAGCAAUGAUUUAAACGUGGAAUGAUAUUUUCGUUUUGUGGAUUU